AUGGACUCGCCUCCAGCGGCUGCUGCGGCAGCAGCCCCAACCUCCCCUGACCAGCAGCAGCGGCUGCAGCAGCAGCGGCAGCAGUACGAGAGAAGUUUUCUCCCAUAUCCUCCUCCGCCGCCGUCUUUCCCCCCUUUUCCAACUCCCAUUUCAGCUGCGGCCACAGCCGCAGCAGCUGGCGAGCAGUCAGUGCAUGUAUGGGGCGUGAAUUACUUUUGUCGCUCCGUAACGCUUGCCGCGACUGAAGCUGCAGAAGAGGCUGCGGCUAUUGCUGCAGCAGCGGCAGCAGCAGGAGAUGGAUUGAAGCCCUUCAGCGCCUCCCCAGCAACUGUAGGAGGCCUUUUGAGGGCGCUGUUGUCAGAGGAGUCGCUUUCAACAGAUCCGUUUCUUGCUGCUUCCAUUCAGCCCGGGGAGUGGUUGCUGCCUCUGUCGGUGCUGCUGCAACAUCCUGCCAUUCUUUGCUGCGGCGCGACUAGGGAGACCCUUCUGCAGGCCAUCUCAUCACUUCCUGACAUCGCGUUUGUGCAGCGCCAGCGGCAGCAGCAGCAGCAGCAAGAGCGGGGCUCUUCGCUUUCGCCUGCGCUGCCUGCAGCAGUGGAAGCAGCUGAGGGAAGCGAGCAGCAGACGCAGCAGCAGGACGGGGAAAAUGGGGCUUCACCAGAGAGUGAAGACAGCACGCGUAGUGCGGCUAAUGCGGAACCAGCGGUGGCAGCAGCAGCAGCAGCAGCAGCACUGAGGGAAGAGCCGACUACUAGGAGCGGCUCGGCCGCAGGGAACGCGAGCGGAGAUGUCAGUCCCUUCACAGAGACGACUUCAGCCACCCCUUGCAGCAGCAGCAGCAGCAGCAGCAGCGGAAUGCAGGAGUUUCUGUCGCUUGCACGUUUGAUGGAGAAGGGAAGGAACACCCUUGUCUUACGAAACUUGCCUCCAGAGACAACUAAAGAGGACAUUCUUGCCAUAUUGUCUAGGGCCCCGUCGCUGCUGCAGCUGCAAGAGGAGAACCGGAAGCAGAAGUCGCAGCAGGGGAAAGGUGCGAAGGACGAGAGCCCAAAGAAACAGGAGCUGCAGCAAGAACAGAGGCAGGGGGAGGAGCAACAGCAGCAGCAGCAGCAGCAGCAAGAGGAUGCGGAUCACAGCUGGUGCAGCAUCAGGAAGGACGUUAAUGACACUUGGUUUGUCUCCCUGAAGGGCUCAGCCCCCACUCAGGAUGUUGCCUUGUGGCUUCGCACACAGGAGCUCAAUGGCAAACCCCUACAGGUCGGGAUCAAGGCUUCCCACGCGCUGCACCGCGUCGUCUCCGCGCAGGCGACAGCAGCAGCAGCAACUGCAGCAGCGGCGGCCCCGCGUUUCUACCCGGCUCCGGCUGUCGCUUUGGCAAUGGGCCCGCAUCCUGCGCCCUUUGGGCCGCCUGCAAUAGGCGCAGCUUUGCCAAUUAACACAGCGGACAUGGCUGCUGCUUUCUUGCCGCAGCAGAGGCGCACGGUGAGGCCACAGAGAGGCAGCAACCGCGGCACGCGCAAUGCAGGAGGCUUCACUUCGCCGGGUGCUUAUGUUCCCGCCGGGAGCCCGCAGAGCCCAGCCCAGAGAGGGGGAGGUGGCCAGGGGAGCUCUCUGUCAGGUGGCCCGCAUGGGGCAAUGGAUGCGUACAGCAGACUCCCAUAUUCACAUCAUAUCCCUGGCUACCCGAUGGAGGGGGACUUCUACCCGUUUUUAUGGCCGCAGAGUCCGCUGCAGCGGCAGCAUAUGCUGCAGCAGCACCACUUGCUGCAGCAGCACCACCUACUUCAGCAGCAGCAGCACCUGAUGGGGUGCUGCUGGAUUCCUGCCCUGCAGCAAACCCCAACUGCUGCUGCAGGGGUGCCGCCUACCAGUACGCAGAGGGGAAAUGGCGGCGACGGAGCAACAUCAGCAACAACCCCGUCAGCUGAAGGAGAAGAACCACGAAGAGCACAGCCCCAGCUGCACCAGCAGCUGUAUUACGCGCCAGCUGGCUUCGUGUCCCCGCACAUGUUCGUCCCUCUGCCUUACAUGGCAGCGCGGCCGCUGCAGCACUACAUCCAGCAGCAGCCUCAGGGCUUUCUUUCCCCGCAGCAGCAGCAGCAGCAGGGUUUCAGGAGCAGGGGCGGCUACGCAGGCAGGGGCCGUAGCGGCAACCGAUGGUGGGGCCCCGGGAGAGGCUCUGCCUCGGCAGGAGUCGUGCGAAGCAAUCAAGCUGGAGCAGGUGGUAGCCGCGGUGGCGGGAGACGGAGGGGCUCGGGAGCCCCAUGGAAUGCAAGAGGAGGUCUUUCGACGGCGGAAGAGCAACAGCAAAUGCAGCAACAGCAACAGCAGCAGCAGCUUGGCAGCUCAAGCAGACCUACAGCGGGGACAGAUUCUAGCGGCAGCAGCUCGGGUAACGGUAGCGACACAGCAGGGAGGAGGAAUCCCGUUGCACCAGCAGGAGGAGUGUCGGGAAGUAGCACUGCGCGCAGCCGACAGCAGCACCUCUCUCUAGAGGCUGCAGACUUUCCUCCUUUAGGGACUACCACUUUGCCCAAAGCUCCCAAGGCGCAUGCACAACGCAAGAGAGAAGAACUCAUCAUCGUGAACUGCCCUCGAGCGGUGACCUCUUUUUACGUGACGAGGCACUGUGGUGCAGCGGCAUCGGCGGGAUCAUUAGCAGCAGAGUCAGCAGCAGCACUCGGGUUUUCUGGAGAGGUGCUGCGGUUUUUGGGCAGCUUGCAUUCCAGGAAGGCCGCCGACUGA